GAUGACGUCCGGCGGAAGCCCGGGGGUGAGGGGGGGUCAAAGGUCACCGGAGAGGGACGGGCGGGAAAGUGAUCGGGCUUCGGGGUGAAAGGCCGCCAUGGAGCCCGGCGCCCGCCCGGCCAAGCGCAGCAGCGGAGCCGGCGAGGCCCCCGCGGAGCUGGGGGGCUCCCCCAAGCGCGGCCGCUGGGCCCCCCCCCACCCUGCCCACGGAGCCGGCCCUCUACGAUGGGCCCUUCCCCUUCUACCGCCGGCCGGCCGAGGAGGGACGCUUCUCCCUGGACGCCCAGCGCUGCUACCACCCCGACGCCCGCCAGCUGCGCUACUUCGCCCCGCCCCGCGCCGAGCGCCCCGAGCCUGCCUUCGACCUGCGGCACGGCUACCGUGACCUCUACGUGCGGCGGGACGAGGGCCGGCGCGAGGGGCUGGAGCAUCUCCUGCAGUGGGUGGCCGGGAACCGGGACCGGCUGCGGUCCCAGGGCGACGCCGCGGGGUGAGCGAGGGGCAGGCCGAGAGCCCCGGGCCAGCAGGGGCUGCUGGGGGGCUCCCCGCUGAUCUCGGGGGCGCCCCGUGAACGCAGAUUUCGUGACCUGGCGGGGGCACCUUACCAAGGUACUGACGACGCCCUACGAGAGCCAGGAGGGCUGGCUGCUGGCCGUCAGCCUCUUCCGGGGCACGCUGUACGUGAGUGAGGUGGAGACGCCGGCGGCCCGGCAGCAGCGGGAGCAGCGCUCCGACAUGCUGCAGGAGCUGGCCUACAUGGGCUACAAAUUCGAGCGCUACAUGUGUGCGGAGCUGGGGAGAGAACCCAGGCGUCCUGUGCCUGUCCCCCCAGACACCCCGGACGGGAGCCCGGACCCCACGGGGGUGGUGAACACCAACGAGGCAUUCUGCACGGUGGUGCGCACACGGCUGGGCUCCCACUCACUGCUCUUCGCCGGGGAGGUGGACUGCGCCGACCCCCGUGGGGCCUGGCCCGAGCCCCCCGCCUGCUACGUGGAGCUCAAGACGUGCAAGGAGCUGCACAGCCCCGCUCAGCGCAGGAGCUUUUAUAGGUACAAGCUGAUCAAGUGGUGGGCGCAGUCCUUCCUGCCCGGCGUCUCCCGCAUUGUGGCCGGCUUCCGUGCCCCCGACGGCUCUGUGGCCACCCUGGAGACCUUCGAGACCAUGAAGAUCUUCCAGCUGAUCCGGGGCGACCGAGGCUGCUGGAAGCCGGCCGUGUGCAUGAACUUCUGCGAGGCCUUCCUGGCCUUCCUCAAGAAGGUGGUGACAGAGGAUGAUCCCCAACUCGUGCACCUCUUUGCCUGGGAGCCCGGCCGCCCCGUGUCCUACACCCGGCACCAGGGCGCGGAGCACGUCUUCCUCCCGGCCUGGUACGUGGAGACCAUGAGCGGAGGAAAGAGUCCGGACUGAGCCGCCGGGGGGAGGAAUGGGGGGGGG